ACUCGGAGUUUUUAUGAUGAAAUGAUCUGACCAACGGAGCUAUUUUACCAUCCACUGAAUCCAGUUUUGUGGUGUUCAUUGUUUUAUGGCCGUACUUUAGACACGUAAGGAUAACCGGAUGGUGUUAAUCUGCCCACCUGUACUAAAACGUACAACCACUAUGACGUUUCCUUUGAUGAAAGCUGGAUUUCUAUUUCUGAUUUUUUGUACCACAUCUUCAGCAGAGAUGCGAUGGCUGGCUUUACUACGUCAAAGUUCUGUGGCCACAAGAGGCGCUGUUCAUGAAAGAGUUGAGAUUUGUAACAUUAAAGAGCUUUCUAAAAAGCAAUCAAAAAUUUGCCAGAAGAACUUGGAAAUCAUGAACAGCGUUAGGCUUGGCGCUGAACUCGCUAUUCAAGAAUGCCAAUGGCAGUUUAAGUCUCGCCGUUGGAACUGUUCAACAGGAGGGAAACGGAUAUUCGGAAAAAUCUUGAAAACAGCCACGAGGGAGGCUGCCUUUGUCCAUUCGAUAACCGCGGCCGCUGUAGCGCACGUUGUCACCAGGGCCUGCAGUAGUGGCCAGCUUCAACGUUGUGGCUGCGACAGAACCGUACGAGUGAAGCCUUCUCAGGGCUUCGAGUGGUCUGGCUGUUCUGACAACAUCGCCUUCGGGACGGCUUUUUCCAAGUCUUUUGUCGAUGCACGAGACCUGAGACGGGCGAGAAAAAAAUCCAAGCCACGUGCCUUAAUGAACCUGCACAACAACGAAGCGGGAAGAAAGGUUUUAGAGUACAACAUGAAGUUGGAGUGCAAAUGUCACGGAGUUUCUGGGUCUUGUGAGCUGCGCACGUGUUGGCGAGCCAUGCCGGCCUUUCGUGAGGUGGGCAUUAUUUUGAAAGAGAAAUUCAACGGAGCAACCGAAGUUAAGCCGAUCGUGUCGGGGAAGUACACAAAACUGGAACCUGUCAACAUACGGUUCAAACACCACACCGACACCGAUCUCGUAUAUCUGCGCCCUUCGCCCAAUUUCUGCGAGCUCGACGAGAAGACGGGAUCUCUCGGCACACACGGCAGGCGGUGUAACAAGACGUCGCGAGCUAUAGACGGCUGCGAGUUGUUGUGUUGCAGUCGUGGCUACAUCAGUCAAAACAGGUCCGAGAGGGAGCGUUGCAGAUGCAAAUUUCACUGGUGCUGUUACGUGGAGUGCCAAUCGUGUGUUCGUACUGUAGAAAUAAACACUUGUAACUGAUGGCUGAAAAUAUGUACCAGUCAACAUUGUAUCGUACUCUAA